UGCAAGCGCUUCUGGCCAUGGACAGAGCAUGGGGGUUGUGGAACCACAACAUAUCAAACGUGUUCUGUGAUGAGUGGGGGGACAUCGUGACAUGUAACCGACAGGGCAUGGUAACCUCCCUGUAUGUGUAUUCAGAAAAUGCAAACGCCGUUCUUGAGUCUCGAGUUGUGCCAGCAGCCAUCACAGCCCUCUCUGCGCUUCAGAAACUUGACCUCUCAGGCGUGGCUGUCAGUGGAAGUCUCCCUUGCAGCAUCAGCCGCCUCACUGCACUCCAAACCCUGAACGUUGGUAUGCCUCAGUUUCAUGUUGACAUUUAUAUUCCAUACCUCCUGGGCGAUGACCCAACAGACAUUCUCUCGAUUCAGUCAUCCAUGAUCCCCCCUGUGAUCGCUCUCAUGAGUCUCAACCUGACAACUGGGAAGCUUCCUUCCUCUCUCUCUGCCCUUACUUCACUCAGAACCCUUGACCUACGUUUCCUAUCCAUGACCCACUUACCGCAAUGGAUCAGUUCACUCUCCAGGCUCUCUCAAUUGGACGUCACUGGAAACUUUGAUGUCCACCGCUCUGCACCGUUCCCCACCGAAUGGAUGGCACUCAGUGGCCUGCGGACUCUGCGGGCCGGCCUGAAUGGAUUCACUGGCACUAUCCCCUCCACCAUCUCCGCCCUCACCAAUCUCACUGAGCUGGAGCUUUAUUUCAACAACCUCUCAGGGAGCAUCCCCGCUGGCAUCAACAACAACCUAACUUCCCUGAUAUAUCUGGGGCUCUCCUUCAACAAUCUCACCGGUGUCGUUCCUGCCACUAGCGCAUUCCUUCAAACCCUGGACCUCUCCCACAACCACUUAACCAGAGUGCUUACGAACAUCAAUGCCUAUGUAAUCAAGCUGAGCCACAACGACAUCAGGAGACUCCCGCCCAUUGAAGGCAGCGUUUUGAUAAUUCGUGAACUAGACCUCAGCUACAAUCCUCUCAGUAAAGGCUUGGAUGACCUUUUUUGGAUGAACCGACCUGAUGAAUUAGUACUGAAUCUUGGAUCAUGCAACUUCUCAGGUCCUUUUCCAUUCACGCCCAUUGAAUUCAAACUGCUCGACGUAUCCAACAACCACUUUACUAGACCCAUCCCCGACUGUCUCUUGUAUUCUGAAGCCUCUAAUUCUGUUUCGUACAU